GCGUUUCUUUUAUUGUUUUUUUUCUUGCCCUUUAUGUUGUGUCGUUCCGUAAUAGAGGAACAGACACGAACAAUGGGAAUCACUUCCACGCUGCACAACACCUGAGCCCAGAGGAAUGCUGGGAUCGUAGUCGAUAGAUGUAUAUAUAUACGCGAUGCCCGUGGCCGAAUCACACCACAACGCUCGACCUGUAAGCGUUGAAGAAAGUCAGAGACGGGAUUCUCCAAGAUGCAAGGAAAGGUUCUAGCCACCGCCUUCUGCAUUCUCGGCUAUGCCGCAGUGCAAGGACAGGCACUACUGAGCUUCGGCUGGGGAGGCUCAGGUGGCUUGCUAGGCGGGUCACUUGGUGGCGGCUACGGAGGACUUCUUGGAGGAUACGGGGGACUCGGUGGACUUAGUAGCUUUGGUGGACUUGGUGGCGGCUACGGAGGACUUCUUGGAGGAUACGGGGGACUCGGUGGACUUAGUAGCUUUGGUGGACUUGGUGGCGGCUACGGAGGACUUCUUGGAGGAUACGGGGGACUAGGCGGACUCGGUGGUGUCUCUUACGGCCUCUCUGGGCUCUAUGGAAGCUCCCUUGGCGGGUUAGGGCUAGGAGGCUUAUCAGGACUUUACGGCGGUUAUGGUGGGCUGAGUGGUCUUUCAGGGCUCUACGGUGGUUUUUCAAGACCGAUAGUACUUGGAGGAUUAGGCUACUCAGGGCUAGGAGGCUUAUCGGGACUUUAUGGAGGUUAUGGUGGACUGAGUGGUCUUUCGGGGCUCUAUGGUGGUUUAGGUUACUCAGGACUUGGAGGCCUGUCAGGGCUUCUUGGUGGUUACCCAGGUUAUCUCGGAGGUCUCGGUGGUCUUGGAGGGUCAGUAAGAGUACUUGGGAGUUAUCCCGGAUACUCCGGUUUCCUAGGCGGCUCCACUGGUCUUAGCGGUCUGUCAGGAUUGUAUGGAGGUUAUUCAGGACUCGGCGGCCUUUCAGGCAUCCUUGGAGGUUACUCUGGUUAUUCCGGCCUUUCUAGCCUCUUUGGAGGUUACCCGUCUUCUGGCUACUUUGGGAUGUAUGGGAUGAGUCCUAUGAGCUCAUUCAGGUAUGCUCCAUUUGGAGGAUUUGGUUCUUAUGGAGGUUUCAGUCCAUUCGGGUAUUACGGCUCAUACGGCCCUUCCUUUGGAGGCUUCGGUUCCGGCUUUAGGACCUUUGGAGUCGGAGCCCCAAGCUCAUCUGUUAUUUCGACGGCUGCAGCCCCUGCCGUCAGUGGUGUUGUUGAAAAAAUUACCGCGCCAGCUACCAACCUCGUCACGCCCGUUAACAUGCCGGCCCUGCCCACCGUCACUGUGACUGGCGGAAAGGGUAUCAAGACCCUAGCGGGAUAAAAGAUCUACGAAUUUCCGGAAGAUUGUUAACAACACAUCAACCACAUUCGUAGGCGAAGAAAUCCUUUAUCAUUGAAUAAAAGAGGAGCAAUGAAAUGCUUAUGGACUUCCCAACGACUGUAUAAAAAAAAGUACGAAAUCUGAUAAGAUUCUUCCAAAUAAAAUACAAAUAUUUUCAA